CAGGAGGGGUCUGGUCAGUGGACUCAGUUGGCUGUUACUGAAGUAACAAUCAUCCACUCUGCUCUUGUUGGACAGUGUUUUCUUAUGUUUGAUUGGACACCAUGAUGAAAGGAGAAGAUUCAGAGGAAAUGGAAAUUGAUUUGGGGGACUCCAGUGACCCUGAAGAAUUUGAAAAUGGCUUGGAACCUCAGUCAUUGUGGAAAGCUCAGCCGUCUUUGGAAGAAGAGGAAAACAUUCACACAUCUACGUUAGUGGAAAUCAGUGACACCAAGCCUCUGAUUAACAUCCGAGACCCCCGAGGUAUCAAUGACUGCCUCAAGGUCACGUUCGAGGAUGUGAUAGCUGAACCGGUGUCAGUACGCAGUGGAGACAGAGUGUGGAUCUGGAGCAAUGCUUUAUUUGAGGUAUCCAGGGUUUGGAUCUACCGAAUAGUAACGGUUCUUCUGGCUAUUCCCAUGUCAGUUCUCUCUGGUUUCGUCUUUGCCAUUCUCAGCUGUUUCCACAUCUGGAUGAUUGGACCCUGUAUCCGGUGUGUCCGUGUUGGCACCCACUGGCUGCAGAGCCUGUGGAGCAUUCUGCUGGAUGUCAUUGUGGGUCCUUUCCUUAGAAGUGCAGAGAGAUGUUUUGGAAGCUUCAGCAUUCACCUGGCCAAAGAAUGACAUUCAUGCAAGAGAAGCUCAUGCAGACUGGAUUAACUCACGACAGAAACACCUCUUGUCAUAUGAAUCAAGCCAAAAAAUAGUUAUUUUUAUUUUUUACUGUUUAGAAAAAAUAGAUCAAACAUCUCCAUGGUUCUCCAGCCCUAAUAAAACAGCAACAGGAUCUGUUGGUCCCCUUAAAUAUGUAUAAUUUUUACAUGAUCACGUAACUGAAUUUUAUCAGGACUGGUAUGGACUAUGAAAUGUUUUACGGUCUCUUAUAACAUAUGGGCUUGGUUUCUUUUCAACUUGUACCUAAAUGCAGUGGUAAUACUUCAAAAAUCACUUCUAACCAAUGUUUAGAUUUGUGUUUAGGCUUUGAAAAGUCAUAUGUGUUUGAUAAAAAGUUGAGGUCUUGGGUUAGAAGUUCUUGGAAAUUAAUGCCCUAUCUUCUCACUUAAGAAAUCGCAUGUGCUGACUGUGCCUCUCUAACUUGAUCAAAUUUAUGUGUGCUCCACAGCCUUUUAGCAGCAAAUCAGUUUUCUACUGUCAGACCUAAAACAUACAAUUCAAAAUAAGAAGAAUUUACUGUGAGGGAAAACAGUGACGAGAAGUACAGAUUGCAAAAAAAGAAAAAAAGAAAAAUGAGGAGCAAACAUUGAAUACAUUAACCUGGAAAAAAAGUGUGGUUCAGAAUUUCUACAUUACCUUUUAAAAUGAUCGAUUACAGAUUCACAACUGUUGUUAAGAGAGAUGACUGAAUAUAAUUUAUUGUUACAUGUCCUGUUUCCUGUGUCCUGUGUGACACAUGAAAAUUCUUUUCAAAAUGAUAUACCUGUAGAUAUAUGAACAGGAUGACUUCUUAAAGAUGUCCACCACAAUGAUGACAUAAAAAUAUGAAUUUUCACUGUGGCGAUUCAAUGUAUUUGUGUCACUCUAAGUAGGAUGUCACAGAUGAGUUUUAGCAAAGUGAUUGUUGGUUAUUAUUUGAACUUAAGUGAAAUAUUAUUUUUCAUAUUUUGGCCAAGCAUCACAAAAAGUAUGUUUUUCAAGGCAGUAUGCAUAGUUAUAGCCUUUCCUUCAUCGAGAUUUACAUUCUUUAUAAUGACUGUGGAAACACUUAUACGAGUCAUAUUUCUCUCCCACCUUUUGGAGGGUCGGUUCUUUAUUAUGGGUGAAGUUUAACAGUAGAUUAACUACGUGGUUGUACUAAAAAGCGACACGUCAUGUGAUUUCAUGCAACAGGUUUUGUGUAUUUUUUUUACUCUGAGGGAUAAUUGUCACUGGCAGCUGCUUUCUGGCACCCGUGGUCUGGCGUAUCUUAGAGGCAUGUCACUGUUGACACACUGCCACUCCCAUAUCAGUCGACAGCUGACAGCCAGGAGCCGACGAUCAAGAGGGAUCCACGUACAUGUUAAGCAAACGUGAAUGACCUUCUUAUCAACUUUCCAUUCUUUCCUCAAAUGCAGAUUUAUUGAAACAAGGUGCCACACAUUGAG